AUGCAGAGCAUGAUGCCAUUACUUCUAGUCUCUGGACAGAAAGUAAUUCUGGCCCUAAAAAUCGACUCCCGUCGUUUGACAAACUUCAGUCCAAAUAUCCGGGCUUCCGCCUUGGAGAAACUCGCAAAGUUAGCCGCCAGCAGCACGCCGGACGACAGCCACGAGUCCGAGAUUGACCAGCUUACUCGACAAUGCCAGCAUUUAACAAAUCGACUGAAUGGCUCUCUCAAUGGCGUUUUGCACAGUCAAUCUCCUAUGUCACGGAUGCCUAUGGAUAUUCGCGAGUUAUGUGUCUUGAUAUCUCUCUGCAAGGCCGCCCCUUCCGUCACCAAAGAGGAACACGCGUCGCGAUUAGUCUCACAACUAUCCAAAUACCUUCCAGAGUCCCAUGGCCAGCUUUUCCGUCCUUCGCCCUUUCUACGCGAUAUCAGUCCGUCUCCGUGGGAAGCGCUUUCAUAUCACCUCACAUUCGCUCUCCUUCAUCUGGGGUCGAAAUACCCGUCUUUGCGCCAAGUCGUCUUUGAUUCCGUGAACGAAUAUGUAUAUAAAUGUGUCGAGGCGAUCGAAUUCUCUGCAGAAGUUGACCCUGCCGAGUCUGUCAGUAUAUUGGCCAUUUGCGCCUCGAUCGUUGGUUUCCUAGAAGCCGCCGCUAAAUUUAGUGCCUUUUGGUCUGCGACUGAAAAGCUGCGGAUGGUCGACCAUAUUCGGUCAAUGUUUUCAGAGAAUUUUAUGGUGGUUAUCGAGACUGCCUCAUCCAUAGUGCGCAGUGCUGGUGCCUCAGACAAUACACUUCGGAAUUGGAAAAUAUAUACUCGGCGUUAUGCCACCAACGGUCGUCCGCUAGGGGCUAUGCUUCUGCAAGAGGGUUAUAUGCGUUUCAUCAAAUCUUGCAUAACAUCUCUCAUUGGAGCGCAAAAUAUGUCGGAUGAUGAGCUCCUGGAUGAAUAUGUGGACGGUGUCGGUAUCGCCAGGAGUCAUGACGAAGCAGAGAUAACCCUUAUCAAUCGUUUGACUGGCAUCAUCGCCGAGGAGAUCCAACUUCUAGAGGACGGCUCCGAUUAUCUGCAAGUUGGCUCUCCUUGGCAACAGCAACUUGCAUUUUCUGUCAAGGCUCUGGCCUUAACAGGGUACCUCAAUUGUGCGCUUCUGACGGAAAAUGCAAAUACUGAUGAUUUUCUGUCAUGGCUCGAGGAUACCCUUAUAGACCCAAAGCAGAUGUCGUGUAUUGAACUUGCGACGACAACUCUAAAGUGCAUUACGAUUAUCUCCCGUAUGUCUGUCAGCAGCGCAUCAUCUGGAAGUCGCUCACUGCUGCGUUUCAUAAUGGAGGGUGGUAUAAAUGCAGGAAGCAUAGGGCCUGUCGCUGCUCGAUGUCUUUCUCAGAUUCUCGGUGUUCUCUCCCAAGAUUCCGUUAUAACAACUCUAUACUCCUUGGGGAAUGUGCUGAGCCCUGGCUCUGACAAGUCUUACCUCACCGGAGAGGCAGUUAUUCAAUUCCGACAGGCCUCGGCAGAUUCCCUCGAGAUCACGGACAACGUUCCGAAUAUUGUUCAUGCUAUAGUGACAAUUGCAACCAGCUGCCAUGAUGAACAAAUUAGUGCCCUGGCACAGUCGAUGCUUCUGCAAAAGAUCAGCAAACUGAACACAGCAGUGGAUGCUUGUAUAAUCAAGGAGACAGCGGCACUCUCCAUCACCACUGGUCAAGCUGAGUUUCAGCUUCUAUUGAAGUUCUAUGACCGUGUUUUCCGCGAUGGUGUCGCCAAAGGAUAUGGCAAUGUUGUGAAUGCAGUCCUAGGUGCGAUGAAUUACCUCUCCAUGUCGUUGAGAAGGGAUUCCCCUCUUUACAGACUCUACCUUGUUCAUCUCUUGGAAAGUCUAGUGAACAAGGGUGAUGCGACAGAUGAGCACGAAGGACAUCUAGCACCUGAGGACAUCAGCCCACUUUUGAAGCCGCUGGCUCUACUCUCCUCAAAAGGGUUGCAGCUCGAACAAGACCAGUACAUCUCUGCUCUGUUUCGAGAUGCGUGGUUCAAUGUUGCCGUCCAUGGGAUAUCGCUCAGUUCAACCGUGGGGCAAAAUCACAUUGAAGAGCUGCGAUUACUCGCGAAACAUUCCCCUGCUCUUGUGUCUGAGGAUCGCAUGGACAUGAUUGAGAGCGAUGUUGAGCUUAACACUGUGCUCAGGCGUGGCAUGAGCCCUCAGCGUCAUAUUGAGCAAAAGAAACGUUUGGUCAAUGAAAUUCCACACCGGGAGUCCGAAAUAAAGCGGUUGAGUUACCCCAAGGCGGUGUUCUUAAAUGCUGCCCUCUUACUUGAGAAUCUUCGCGCUUUUUCGGGUAAUUGCACAAAGCCGUUGAGUUACUUCCGUGAUCCAGCCCUUGCUACCGCUGAGAUGGCUAGCUGUAUGUCCGCUAUCGCCGAUAGGGUUGUCGGCUGUUACCUUUCAUUGACCCUUUCCGGGAAACGGAAUUCUGCCUUCUUGUCGAAGGAAUUGGCAGGUUUCUUCAUAGCUUGCUGUCACCGCAUAGAAAGAAUUCAGAAAGUGGCUAUUUCCUGCGCGAAUAGGGUUAUACAGGAGUGUCCCUCAGCCCUUUGUGACAAGAACUCUUUAUUUGCAUUGCUUGAGCUUCUAACGGUCGUCUGGCGUUCGUGCCACGAGGAAGAGCUUGACGAAUUUGAAUGGAAGUCAACGUUCACUUCUCUAAUUGGUCACGUUAAGGUCGAUCUUCCAGAUAAUUAUGGUUACAGAAGAAGGACACUUGAAGUGUUACUUGAGCGGGCAAGGGCGUGGAUAACAAGUGUCAUGGACAUUGCGCCUCUGGAUAUCAAAGGCCUUCUUCAGUCUUAUUUAUCUGCAUCUGAUGAUAAUGAUGGGUACGGCGAUAUUUCAAUGGGUCGUUCAUUUGCGCUUGAGAUGGGCUCUCUCAUACCCCAAAACGAUCAUCGACUUGGGUCUAUCGAAAGCCUUGGAGUUACUAGAGUCAAUGUUGCCUCCAAUUUCAUCGCUCAGCAUACAGCUCGUCAGAAGUAUCGUCGCACUGGGCAGUGUCCAGUAUGGUCAACGUCAGAUGAUGCUGAUGAGCACCUAGAUCCAGGGCUCAAACUUCUAGAACAAGGAGACUCAUCUUCGUUUAAACAGAUCCACUCCGGAAAGCAGGUCGCUCUACCCAAGAUUCGAGAUACUAUGCAGCGUGCCGCUGCUUUACUAUGCGGUAGUAACGCUGCCAAUGCUGUCAUCGCUCAUUACCUGGUUUCGCUGCCUUUCCAGAUAUUUUCUAAAGAGUCUAUCGAAAUUGGUGUCUCCCUUUGGUUGGGGGUAAUGCAUGAAAAUCCCAAAUUGGAGCCGACAAUACUGUUUGAGGUGGUCCAGCAAUGGGAGAACACGAUCCUACGAAGGCAGGGACUUUUUGAUCCCUCUUUCAGUCAUGUGGACCCGAUGUAUGCCAAAAUUGAGCUUCUGCCGACAAACAAAGAUUCAAUGCUUCAGCAACAGAAGUUUGCUCAGAACAUUCUUGCCCCACACUUCCAGAUUAUCCAGCUUUUCGAAAGCCAUUUUAAUGCUGUCCGACUAGGCAAUGCACAGACGCAACAUCUGUUUUCUCGUUUUAUUGACAGGACGACAGUGGGACUUUUGCAUGCUAGUAACCAUCCUCUGGCCCGAGAAGUCCAUUUCCGCAUAAUCCACUUCUGUCUCAGGGCUCUCAGGCAUUGCACCUCCAUUGACAAUGUCACGCUGUGGCGACAUAAACACCAAAUCCUAUCUGCUGCUCUCAACUGGUUCAAACAUCCGCCCCGAUGGUCCUUUGGAGGUAAUCGGCUGCAGUUAAAGGCGGAAGAUAAAAUUCUCAGCGAUGUUGUAACCGCUUUGACAAAAGUGUCUGGUGUGGGUUGCAACACCCGAUGGCCUUACACUUCACUUCAGGCGCAACAAGAUCUUCUCCAAGUUCUUUUGGAAAACGAGAGGACAAGGCUCAGGGUUUGGUUGUAUCCGCUGGAACCUGACCGAAAGCAUAACCCUCCUCAAUUCAGCAAGCAUCUCACGGAGGAGAAUAUGCUGCGGGUUGCUUGGGCUGAGAGCCCAGGUUUAGCAAUCCAGCUUGCGACACGUUUCCCGUCUGGAAAGCUCAGCAAUGAAAUCCGGAGACUACUUCUUAGCUUUCCUGAGAAGGCCAUUGAUGAGCCUAGUAGUCUUGAGAUUAUGUUUGGAUCAGCGCUACCAGCCGACGUUUCCUCUCAACUUAAGUAUCUGCUGUACUGGGCCCCCGUCAAUCCUAUCGAAGGCUUAACUUAUUUCCUGCCCGCCUACGGCAACCAUCCGUUCAUCUUGCAAUAUGCGAUGAAGGCCUUGGAGAGUCAUUCCCUUGACGUUCGAUUCUACUUCGUCCCACAGCUUGUUCAGGCUCUCCGAUAUGAUGCCCUAGGUUAUGUCGAGCGGUACAUCCUCGAAACGGCGAAGCAGUCUCAAUUGUUUGCACAUCAAGUGAUUUGGAACAUGAAGGCGAAUUCCUAUAAAGAUGAGGAUUCUCAGAUACCGGACCCCCUCAAGCCAACCCUGGAUCGAUUCAUGGACACCUUGAUUACAAGUUUCAGUGACGAUGAGCGCGACUUCUAUCAAAGAGAAUUCUCUUUCUUCAACGAGAUUACUGGUAUCUCUGGAAAACUUCGCCCAUACAUCAAGAAGAGCAAGCCUGAAAAGAAGGAAAAGAUUGAGGAAGAGCUUCGUAAAAUCAAAGUUGAAGUUGGCGUUUAUCUUCCCAGCAACCCAGACGGCGUUGUGGUUGGAAUCGAUCGCAAGUCAGGGAAGCCUCUACAAAGCCACGCAAAGGCGCCUUAUUUGGCAACUUUCAGAAUUCAGAAGACGCGAACCACAAGCCUGCCAUCGAACGAGCUGGUCCAAUCCUCGCAUCAUCAUCAAUCGGACGCGCACCAGGAAACCUACGAGGUCUGGCAGUCGGCCAUCUUUAAAGUCGGAGACGACUGCCGUCAAGAUAUGCUAGCUUUGCAAAUGAUAGCCGCCUUCCGAAGUAUAUUUGCCAGCAUUGGUCUCGACGUCUGGGUAUUCCCAUACCGGGUGACUUCAACAGCACCAGGAUGUGGGGUCAUUGAUGUGCUGCCAAACUCUAUUUCACGGGAUAUGCUGGGCCGCGAAGCAGUCAACGGGCUAUAUGACUACUUUGUUUCCAAGUAUGGGGGAGAAGAUUCAAUCCAGUUCCAGGAAGCCCGAACAAACUUCGUCAAAAGCAUGGCCGCGUAUUCUGUCAUUUCCUACUUGAUGCAGUUCAAGGAUCGGCACAAUGGCAACAUCAUGUUUGAUGAUGCUGGCCACAUUAUUCAUAUCGAUUUCGGGUUCUGCUUUGAUAUCGCGCCCGGCGGUGUACGCUUCGAACGUGCGCCAUUCAAACUCACAUCGGAAAUGGUGGCCGUGAUGAGUGGCACUCCACAUUCCUCUAGCAGUGGAAGUCACAAUCCCACACAGACUCAGCCAUAUCGAUGGUUCGAGUCUUUGGUCGUAAAGGCGUUUUUAGCGUCUAGGCCGUAUAGCACCAAACUGUCGCACAUUGUGUCGUUGAUGUUAGACAGCGGCCUACCAUGCUUCAAACCUGAGACGCUGAAACACUUCCGUGAUCGAUUCGUCCUCGACAAGAGUGAGCGAGAGGCGGCGGAGUUUAUGCGGGAGCUAGUGCGCAAAUCGUAUUUGAGUAUGUCGACAAAGGGAUAUGAUCAGUUCCAGCUCCUUACGAACGGCAUCCCUUACUGA